AGGCUGUGCGUCUCGGAUACGUUUUAAAAUUCAGGUUUAAGGCGCGUCUCAGGCUUGACAUUAAGGGUUUUUCAAACGAUGAGUUGGAUUUAAAACGCUUUUUUUUAUGUGGAUUCGAGGAUGCCAGAAUCAGAUGAACAGUCUGAAGGGGCACAGUUUGCCAGCAAUAGAAGUACAUCUUCCUCCAAUGAAACCUCUGCGCUCUGGUCAGAAAGCAACACUGAUCUUCACCAGCUCCCUUCAUCGGAGCCCCUACAAGCCCCACCAAGUGCUGGCAAGCCUGUUGGACCCUCUCAUGGCCUCCUUGGGGCCAACAGUGAUAUUCAGGACUCCAGCACCACUGGUUCCAGUGUAAGUCCGGUUCUUGCUUGGCAUGCUGCUAUUAGCGCUGCUCGCCAAGCAAAGGGAGAUGGUACAAAGCCCUUCAUAAGUUCACAGCCCUCAGUCUGCACUACUGGAACAGCUCCUGUGGGCUCACUUGCACAGAGGAAGAGGCAGCAGUAUGCCAAAAGCAAAAAGCAGGGAGGAUCUACCAACAGCAGACCACCAAGAGCUCUUUUCUGCCUGACAUUGAACAACCCGAUUCGCAGGGCCUGCAUCAGUCUGGUGGAGUGGAAACCAUUUGAUAUCUUUAUAUUGUUGUCUAUAUUUGUGAACUGUGUGGCCUUAGCCAUCUACAUUCCCUUCCCCGGAGAUGACUCCAAUUCUACCAACCAAGAACUGGAAACAGUAGAGUAUGCCUUCCUGAUCAUAUUCACUAUAGAGACAUUCAUGAAGAUUAUUGCCUACGGCCUGGUCAUGCACCAAAACUCCUAUGUCAGAAAUGGCUGGAACAUGCUUGACUUUGUCAUUGUCAUAGUGGGGUUGUUCAGUGUGGUUCUAGAGAUGAUAACCAAAGACGCUGACUCAAGUGGCCAAUCUGGAGGCAAACCUGGGGGCUUUGAUGUCAAGGCCCUUCGAGCCUUUCGUGUUCUACGACCCCUUCGCCUUGUUUCCGGAGUUCCCAGUUUACAGGUGGUUCUUAACUCCAUUAUUAAAGCCAUGGUUCCCCUGCUUCACAUCGCUCUGCUAGUCCUCUUUGUCAUUAUCAUCUAUGCCAUCAUCGGCCUAGAGCUCUUCAUUGGCAAAAUGCAUGCAACAUGCUAUAUAAUCAAAACAGGUGCCCUUGCGACAGAAGAACCCAAACCGUGUUCUGUAUCAGGACACGGCCGUCAUUGUCUGCUUAAUGGCACAGUUUGUCGAGAAGGCUGGCAAGGUCCCAACAAUGGCAUCACCAACUUCGACAACUUUUUGUUUGCAAUGCUUACUGUGUUCCAGUGCAUCACAAUGGAGGGCUGGACAGACGUUCUCUACUGGAUGAAUGAUGCAAUGGGCCUUGAACUGCCAUGGGUCUACUUUGUCAGUCUGGUCAUCUUUGGAUCCUUCUUUGUUCUCAACUUGGUUUUGGGAGUGUUAAGUGGAGAGUUUUCCAAAGAGCGAGAGAAGGCCAAGGCUCGGGGAGAUUUCCAGAAGCUACGAGAAAAGCAGCAAUUAGAGGAAGACCUGAAAGGCUACCUGGACUGGAUCACGCAGGCUGAAGACAUUGAGCCUGAGAAUGAGAAGGAGGAGGAUGAGGAGGGGAAACGUAACCCAAGUAUGCCUACAAGUGAAACAGAGUCAGUGAACACCGAAAAUCACAAUGGAGGGGAGGAAAAAUCUCCUUGCUGUGGACCACUGUGGCGUCAGGGGCGACGUUGGAAUCGUUACUGCCGCAGGAAGUGUCGUGCCACAGUAAAAUCUGUGACAUUCUAUUGGCUGGUCAUACUACUGGUCUUCCUUAACACCCUCACAAUCGCCUCUGAACACUACAAUCAACCAAACUGGCUAACUGAAAUACAGGAUGCAGCCAACAAAGUUCUCCUUGCGAUGUUCACCCUGGAAAUGCUGGUGAAGAUGUAUAGUUUGGGGCUGCAGGCCUACUUUGUGUCCUUGUUUAACCGCUUUGAUUGUUUCGUGGUGUGUGGAGGCAUCAUAGAGACAUUCCUAGUGGAGCUGGCCAUCAUGUCUCCUUUGGGUAUCUCUGUUUUCCGCUGUGUGCGUCUCCUAAGGAUCUUCAAGGUUACACGUCAUUGGGCAUCUCUAAGUAAUCUGGUGGCCUCUCUACUCAACUCCAUGAAGUCCAUUGCCUCUCUCUUGCUACUGCUCUUCCUCUUCAUCAUUAUUUUCUCCUUGCUUGGCAUGCAACUUUUUGGAGGCAAGUUCAACUUUGAUGAGACUGUGACUAAAAGGAGCACAUUUGAUAACUUCCCUCAGGCUCUGCUCACAGUGUUCCAGAUCUUGACAGGAGAAGAUUGGAAUACUGUGAUGUAUGACGGUAUCAUGGCAUACGGUGGUCAUGCCUCCUCGGGAAUGGUGGUCUGCAUUUACUUCAUUAUCCUCUUUGUCUGUGGAAAUUACAUUCUGCUUAAUGUAUUCUUGGCCAUUGCUGUUGACAACCUGGCAGACGCAGAAAGCCUCAACUCAGCACAGAAGGAGAAAAAGGAGGCUAAGAAGAGAAAGGAUAGUGCCAAGGAUGAAGUCACAGAUAAGAAGAAGGUUGAAAUAUCUGAAAGCACGAAAGGAGACACUCAGGUGUCUGCAGAGACCGUGCUGGAGGAGGACAAAGAGGUGUAUCCUGUUGUAAACUUUACAGAACUUUCACCAGGACCCCGUACCCAGAGGCUUUCCGAACUCACCAUUAAAGAGAAGACUCCACCCAUCCCAAGUGGCAGCGCUUUUUUUAUCUUCAGCAGCACCAAUCCGUUUCGUGUUUUCUGCCACAAGCUGAUCAACCAUCAGAUCUUUACCAACCUCAUAUUGAUCUUCAUCAUGUUAAGCUCUGUCUCCCUGGCUGCUGAAGACCCAAUACGUAACUUCUCUGCUCGCAAUAUUAUCCUAGGCUAUGCAGACUAUGUCUUCACUAGUAUGUUUACAUUUGAGAUCCUUGUAAAGAUGACAGCAUUUGGAGCUUUCCUUCAUAAAGGAGCAUUCUGCAGAAACUGCUUCAACCUUUUAGACUUGCUGGUCGUCGGUGUGUCUUUGGUCUCCUUUGGGAUUCAGUCAUCUGCUAUCUCAGUGGUGAAGAUUCUCCGUGUUUUGAGAGUCCUCCGUCCACUCAGAGCCAUCAACAGAGCCAAGGGACUAAAGCAUGUAGUCCAGUGUGUAUUUGUGGCCAUCAGGACAAUCGGCAAUAUCAUGAUUGUCACCACACUGCUGCAGUUUAUGUUCGCCUGUAUUGGAGUGCAGCUCUUCAAGGGGAAAUUUUAUCGCUGCACAGAUGAUGCAAAGUCCAGUCCAGAUGAGUGCAAAGGCACCUUCAUUCUCUAUCACAAUGGAAUCACAUCAGCACCCAUGGUGAAGGAAAGGAUCUGGUAUAACAGUGACUUUAACUUUGACAAUGUCCUUGUGGCCAUGAUGGCUCUUUUUACUGUCUCCACCUUUGAAGGAUGGCCCACUCUACUGUACAAGGCUAUUGACUCUAACAGAGAGAACAUGGGUCCCAUCUACAACUACCGCAUUGAGAUCUCCAUCUUCUUCAUCAUCUACAUCAUCAUCAUUGCCUUCUUCAUGAUGAACAUCUUUGUUGGUUUUGUUAUUGUCACCUUUCAGGAGCAGGGGGAGAAGGAGUACAAAAACUGUGAGCUUGACAAGAACCAGCGUCAAUGUGUGGAAUAUGCUCUAAAAGCGCGUCCUGUGCGCCGCUACAUCCCCAAAAACCCCUACCAAUACAAGUUCUGGAAUGUGGUCAACUCUACAGGCUUUGAGUACAUCAUGUUUGUCCUAAUUAUUCUCAACACCCUUUGUCUGGCUAUACAGCAUUAUGGCCAGUCUCAUCUGUUUAACUAUGCCAUGGACAUCCUCAACAUGGUCUUCACUGGGGUUUUCACUGUGGAAAUGAUUUUUAAACUCAUCGCUUUCAAACCAAGAGGCUAUAUCCGGGACGCCUGGAACAUCUUUGAUGUGCUGGUGGUGAUUGGCAGUGUAGUCGACAUCAUACUAAGCCAGAACUAUUUCGCUGAUGCAUGGAACACGUUUGAUGCCUUAAUUGUUGUGGGUAGCUUGGUUGACAUUGCCAUCACUGAGAUCAAUAACACGGAGGACAGUGCUCGCAUCUCAAUCACCUUCUUCCGCCUGUUCAGAGUGAUGCGUUUAGUAAAACUCCUGAGCAGGGGGGAGGGCAUCAGGACAUUGCUGUGGACCUUUAUCAAGUCAUUUCAGGCUCUUCCCUAUGUUGCUCUCCUUAUUGCCAUGCUGUUCUUCAUCUAUGCUGUAAUUGGAAUGCAGGUGUUUGGGAAAAUUGCCAUGGUCGAUGGAACACAAAUCAACCGCAACAACAACUUUCAAACCUUUCCUCAAGCAGUCCUUGUGCUCUUCAGGUGUGCCACAGGUGAGGCCUGGCAAGAGAUCAUGCUUUCCUGUCUGCCAGGGAAGCUGUGUGAUUCAGAGUCAGAUUACAACCCUGGAGAGGAGAGAACCUGUGGAAGUGGCUUAGCCAUUAUCUACUUUAUCAGCUUCUACAUGCUUUGUGCUUUUCUGAUUAUCAACUUAUUUGUAGCUGUCAUCAUGGAUAACUUUGACUACCUGACCCGUGAUUGGUCCAUUCUUGGACCUCAUCACCUAGAUGAGUUUAAAAGGAUCUGGUCUGAAUAUGACCCAGAAGCCAAGGGCAGGAUAAAGCACCUUGAUGUGGUGACUUUGCUGAGAAGGAUCCAGCCUCCGUUGGGAUUUGGCAAGCUCUGCCCUCACAGGGUGGCCUGUAAGCGUCUUGUAGCUAUGAACAUGCCCUUGAACAGUGAUGGGACAGUCAUGUUUAAUGCCACCCUGUUUGCCCUGGUCCGCACUGCUCUAAAGAUCAAGACUGACGGUAACCUGGAUCAAGCAAAUGAGGAGCUUAGAGCUGUCAUAAAGAAGAUCUGGAAGAGGACCAGCAUGAAGCUGCUUGACCAAGUAGUGCCCCCUGCAGGCGAUGAUGAGAUAACAGUGGGGAAGUUCUAUGCCACCUUCCUGAUACAAGACUACUUCAGGAAGUUCAAGAGACGCAAAGAGCAAGGUCUUGUAGGAAGGCACUCAUGGGAGAGGCUGAACACUGCCAUGGCGCUACAGGCUGGCCUGCGAACGCUGCAUGACCUUGGACCAGAGAUCCGUCGAGCCAUAUCAUGUGACCUGCAAGAGGAGGGGCUAGUUGAUGCAAAUGUUGAUGAAGAGGAGGAAAUUUACAGGCGAAAUGGAGGUCUAUUUGGGAACGAUGUCAACCAUUUCAGUGUGGAUCAUCAAGGCUACUUCAUCCCAACCACUGUCACCCAACGUCCCCUACAAAUUUUACCAUUUAUUGCUAGUGCCUCAACUGAACCAACCCAAAAUGUCAGGAUAGCUCAUGAAGAUGACAGAGGGGGAGGCACCGAAAUUAACUUGUCAUCAGUCCAGUACGAUCAUUGUCACACCCCUCAUGCCUGCUGUCAUCCUCAUUGUGUUUCCUUUUGCCAUCAAUCACCAAUACCCUCCAAUGCCAACCUCAACAAUGCAAACUUGCCCUCACUUCUCUCUAUGAACAAUGGAAAGCAGCAGAUGUGUUUGAUUAGGCAAUGCCAGCCAGCCCCAACAAAAAAUGGAACAUCAGUGUUCAUCAUCAACAAAGGAGUGAAAGACAACCCUUGGAAGUCCAACUCCACUAGUGAUGCCAGGUCAGGAAGUGGGUUUGGACUCUGUCCUGUAGCUCUCCAAAAUGAUCACAGGAAUGAAGAGCAAGGAUCUGGAGAGUACUACAGUGGGGAGGACUUUCACGAAGACAACAUCAAGCUUGCAGACGACAGGUUGUUCAGCAAGGACCACCAUGAUGCAGAGAGAGACUCUGACCUUGAGGUUUUUAGUGCUGACCCUGAGCAAGAUGAUGCUUAUGAUGAUGACAAGCAACCAAUAUGCCAUGGUAGCAGAUGCUCAUCAAGGAGAUGGUUUUUACCCUCACCUCAAGCCUCCAACAAACAAAAAUUCAGCUUUGAGUGUCUUCGCAGAAAAAGCAGUCAGGAGGAGACUCCUCAGUCUCCAUCUUGCACAGCUCUUCCACUGCAUAUGGCACAGCAGCAGGUAAUGACGGUGACUGGUUUCAAUACCAAGAAUAUUCCCAACCUGUCUCCUGCACGGUCGCUGCAUUCCUGGGCCACGCCUCCUGCUUCACCUAUAAGCCCUGAUUUCUUACCCUGCUACACACCACUUGUACAGGUGGACUGGCGCAAUUCAGGCAGCAUCGGCAGCAUCCCCAGAACAGGGAAGAGGAGUUCAUGGUAUACAGAUUGCCAGAAAGGCCCUCCUACCCGCACCAACUCUCCAUCAUGCCUACAGUUACCGCCAAAGGGCUGCAUGCACUACCUGAAGAAGAGAGGCAGCGCUGACAGUCUGGUGGAAGCUGUGUUGAUCUCUGAAGGUCUGGGGAAAUACGCCAGGGACCCCAAGUUUGUUUCAGCAACCAAACAUGAACUUGCAGAUGCCUGUGAGAUGACCAUUGAUGAGAUGGACAGCGCAGCCAGUAACCUGCUUAAUAGAAACAUUGGAAAUGGCAACAAUGGAGGAGCAGGAAAUUUCCCCUCAGACACACAUGCCACCCCACAUUUGAAAGACCACAGUAUAAGAGAAUACAGCGACGAGGAGCAGUGCACAGCUGGGAAACAUGAGGAGGACCUAACAGAUGAGAUGAUAUGCAUUACAUCGCUAUAAUAUCAGCUCACACAGAAUUUAUUAGUCUUUUUUUUUAACUGGAUUUGUACAACAUUUGAGGAUGAGGGGAUGGCUGUACUCAAGUGCAUCCUGCAAACUUAGACAAAGACGAUGAAGAAAUGAACAAAGUGCCUUGUUUUCUCAGGCUGUGGGAUGGACAACAGAAAUGUGAUAGAUAUAAAAAGAAAAGAACGGAUUAAUGGAAAUAUUGGGAUUUCUUCGGCAAAUAUCAAAAUGUGAGGCAAUCAAACGCCCUGCAAGCCUGCCUGACAUUCAUCAAAAAUUAAGUACAAUCCCUAGUAACUGUUACAAACACACUCACAUACACAUAUAUACUGUAUAUUCACACACCAGUGAAUCAGUGGCAAUAAUGGUAAACAAAAAGGCUUCUAAACAAGCAGGAGCUGCUCUGGUUAAGGAUUUCAGGAGUAUAUAUUGGUUGCCUCUGCACCUGACCUAAAAAGGAAAUCAAAUAUCAAUGAGAAAAAGGUUUGUCCUCAGGCAUAUCAUACUGUUUGCACAAUGCUGUGAUGUACAGGGAAAUGAAUGGUCAGUUGUGUACGUUCCUUAUUUGUAACAACAUAAUAGAGAAACUAAAUUUUCAACAUUUUUACUGAAUUGAUUUAGUAUGAUUAGUAUAAUGAUGUGGCAAAGACUAUGACUUCAUUACAUGUAUGCACUAAUCUGUAUAUUCUAUUAUCUAAUCUCCUAGAUCCUCACCUAGGAAAUUCCUCCUUCAUAAUUGAAACAAACAGUCCUCAUGGAAGUAUAAUCGUUUUGACCUUUGUCUUAUUUAAUGUUUGGCUCAAGCUUUAACUGCCUCAUGAAUCUGCUGAGCAGUGAUGAUAGGCACAAGGGACUUAUUUCAUGAGUCAGAAUAAAUGAGCAAAAAGAUCUGAGAGAUAUUUGUAACCCUUUGUAUAAUAAAAAGCAGAAAACA